AAUUCAUGUGCGUUUCGGGGUUCGUCGAGCAGAGGGCGCCGCGGUCCCUUUGCCCGCGCGAAUGUAUGUGUGCUGAUUAAAAUGGCUGCCAUGGCGCUGUACCCGCUAUACCAUUUGAGCGAAAUUUACUGCCACAAAUUAUAACGUAAACUCUUUUUCCAAAAGUAACGGGCGGACCGCGCCGUCGGGUCUCUGCUCGAUCAUGGAGAGCCAAAGUAACGAAUUGGUGGUGGGCAUGUCGACCACUACGGGGAUGUUGCCCGCGCUGCCUGUGGCGGUAGUAAAGGAGGAACCUGCAGAGCAAAACAGCUCUAAGCAGGACACGCAACAGGCCCAGGUACAGGACGCGAGUUGCAUCGAGGAGGAGUGCAACGACCAGCGUAUCGAGUGCACCACCGAGAGCCAGGAGAGCGAGAUCCGUGCGUUUUUGUCCAAAUGUGUCUUUUGCAGUAAAGUGUUUACCAUGGGGGACGACCCAAAGCUCCUCGAGUGCUUACACGCAGCCUGCACGAUAUGCGUCAAUAAUAAGAUCAGCGAACACAAUACGUCGGUCGAUGUAGACGUAUUAUUAGAGAGUAACGUCAUUAUGUGUCACAUUUGUAACGUAACCAGCCAAGUGGAAAAUUUGAUCGAGAACAGAUUUCUCUCGAAGCUGCUGGAGGAAGAGAGCAAUCUAGAAAUGGACGACGAGGCUAAAGAAGCCGAGGAUGAGAAGAAGUGCACUAGCUGUCACGAUAACAUUGUUGCUACCAGUUGGUGCGUCGAGUGCGAGGAAUUAAUUUGCCAGAAUUGCGUUUUGGCUCAUCAAAGAUUGAAGAUAACCAAGGAUCAUGUAAUUAAACCCAAGGAUGAAAUAGCCAACGACAGAGACAAUGUUAAAAGAGGAAAUAAAAAGAUACCUGGCUAUUUGUUCUGCACAAUUCAUCCCCACGAACAGUUAUCCUUGUUUUGCCAGACGUGCGAUAGAUUGACCUGCAGGGACUGUCAGCUCAGCGAGCAUCGUGAUCAUAAAUAUAAAUUUAUUCAUGAGAUUGCAGCCGAAACUCGUACUUCCAUGUCGAUUUUGCUUAAAGAAGUAAGCUACAAACGAGUACUACUGAAAAGUGCGAUGAAAGUUAUAGAGGAUAGACAGAUUUUAAUAUUGGAGAAGAAAAAGAGCCUCGUUCAAGAGAUAACACAAAUGGUAGUGCAAUUAACGAAUGCUAUUAAUACAAGAGGGAAGCAAUUGGUGAUGAGAUUAAAUGAAGUUUGCGAUCAAAAGCAGAAUACCUUGAAUGAGAAGAAAGUUGCUUUAGAUCAGCUGUCCAGGCUUACGGAUCAUUGUAUACUCUUUGGCACUCAUGCUUUGAAGAAAGGCUCGGACAUGGAAUUGUUAUAUAGUAAAAAAUCUGUUACAAGUCAUUUGCAAAGAAUAAAAAGUAGACGGGCCGAUAUUCCGAAUCCCGAGAUACCCGUCAGAAUACAUUUGUCUUUGGAAAAGGUUCCAGAUUUAAUAAAAGUGGUGUCAUCAAUUGGAGCAAUAGUCGUCGAUGGUAGGGUAUAUCCGUCCGUAUCUCCUAUAGCCAGCAAUAACAGCACGGUGACUUACAACGAGUCGCAAACCGAGCAGAAGCAAACGACGAAUUCGAUGAAUACUCACAUGGACGGUACGGUUCCCAUUGUCAUUCAACAGGUAUUACCAAUGCCUGCAAUAGCUGCGCAGCAACCCACCAGUGCGCCACAGAGUUCUUACCAGCAACAAGCACCUAUACCUAUCCCGCAGCAGCAGCAGCAGCAGCAGCAGCAGCAACAACAACAGCAGCAGCAGCAGCAGCAACAACAACAACAACAACAACACGCGCAACAAUCACCGAAUUAUAUGCAACAGUAUAUCGCACCGCACAGUAUGUCACCUCGAUCAUCGCCGCAAGCGCAUCAGCCACGGGUGCCGUAUUCAGUCACCUACAGCAAUAACAGAGUACCGCAACCUUCGUUGAUGCAUCAACAACGCCCGUUAGGUACCUGCCAUCAGCAACAAGUGACGUCGUCCACGCAUCCACAUCAGCAAGCGCAGAGCUUGGAUCAGCUUGGACAGAACACGAGUUUACGCGGGCUUCUCGCGCACAAUUCUAUUCCACCGCCUCCUUAUCCGUCAUUCCGGGCAUCCGCCAAUCAUGUACCAUACCGAUUCUCCCCCGGAUACAGAUAUUCUUCGAGUGGUAAUCCGCAGAGAGUCCAAGUACCGCCACCUCAUACAUAUCAACCGGCAAGUACAUCCGUCGUACCUGUGACGACACGUUUGCAACAAUGCAACUUGACUUCCCCGUCAACGCAGCACAUCGGGAACUAUCCCAUUCAUCGUUGGCAUAUACCACAACAAGCGAAUCCUUGCCUUCCUUACACGUUGCCUCGACAACAACAUAUGCCCACUUACGUGCCAGUUCCUACCAACGACACAUACAAAAUUACUUUAAGAAAUCAACAGGCCGGCAAUAAUCAAAAGUACAGCACCAAUGUAAGUGCCAAUUCGUGUGAUAAUCCGCCACAGUUGCAAACAUCGGCCACUGUCUCGUUGUUACACGCCGUCAGCUCAUCCAUACCCAAAACGCCCAGUCCUGUCACCACUCCUGGCAAGUCGGACGACACCGAAAAGAGUUUAGAUAAGUUUUGUCAAAAGUCAUUGAACGACCUAAUGCUCACUAUUGCAAAAUUAGAUAGUAAUGGAAUCCUAGUGAUACCAGAAGCUCAAAGAAAUCAGAUAGAUUCGGCACAAGUCGACAGUUCCACCGACGAGGAUAUUAACUCGAUGGCUGAGAAUACAACGGCAGACAAUCCGAAAAAUGCAACCACUUCUAUAGUCCUGAAGGACGAUCCGAACGAAGACUGGUGUGCCGUGUGUAUGGACGGGGGAGAUGCGGUACUAUGCUGCGACAAAUGCCCAAAAGUCUUCCAUCUUUACUGUCAUAUACCUAGUUUAAAAUCAUUUCCAGACGAGAGCGAAACUUGGCAGUGUAUGCUGUGUACAAACGUACUCGACUGUCCGGACGACGGAUCAAUCACGUCCGUUGAGAAAAGGUCAAGCGGUAUGAGCACUAAGGAAUUGCGAAUCGCACAAAGGAUCGUCUUGGAGCUUUAUUGUCAGUAUGAGCAAAGCCUACCUUUUCGGGAGGUCGUGUCGAGCGAGAUUACAGACUAUCAUCGGAUUAUCAAGAAGCCAAUUGCGUUGGACAUAAUCAGGGACAAAUUGAAACCCGAUCAUGUAGAGCAUUACACAGAUCUGAGACAAGUCAUGGCAGACAUCAGACUCAUGUUUAAAAAUGCUUUCACCUACAAUCCUGUGGAUUCGCAAGUUUAUCAAGAAGCUAGAAAUUUAGAAGAGUUUUUUGAGAAGUUGUUAUUAAAAUGGGCACCAAAUUAUGCGUACGACGAUCCUUUUCUCACAACCGACAAGGAGGAAGACGAAGAAGUUUUUCCACCCAAUAGAAAAUACAGACGGAUAAUUAACGAUUAAUAGGGGUACGCGAAUUGUCGAGUACACCUCAUCGGAAUUGUUGCGUUUAGGAUUAAAUUAUUUUCACCAUUUUAUAACAGUUGGACUAUGCAGUUGAUAAUUUGGUAGAAUGUGAUAAAUACUAUCGAAACUGUCGUAAUAAGGGAAAUUCCUAGAAAACAUUGCAAAAAGUGAUGAUAGCGCAGGAGCGUUCUUUAUCUGAAAUAUAAUAAACAAUUUUUCUUGGUUUUCUCGGUUUCGCUGUUAGAAUGAUAUUAAUUAACAUUUCACAACGACAAGACCAUUAUAACAUACAAACUUUUUUGACGCACGUUUCAUUUCUGGAAUAUAUAUUUUAAUAUAUAUAUUAAUAUAUAUUAAUAUAUAUUUAAUAUAUAUU